UCUCUCCCGACGUUGCAACUGCAUCGACGUCGCCUCCCAGAUCCGAGUCACAGCAUUGCACCGUCAGGUGCCUGCAUCAGCGAGUAUCAGCGAACCGCCCCAUGCACGGUACCUGAGGCCUGUACCGAGCCAAGCGUAUCUACCAUCCGCAGUGGACGAGCGCGCGGGCGACCCUCUCGUCUCCGACGACGGCAUAUUUGCUGCGGCCGGCGACGGACAGCCGCGUCGCUUAUAAGGGCAGGCACCCCGCGGUGGCAAUUGUGUGCUCUGGCGACGACUGCCUACGGCCGACAAGCUGGCGCCGCUGAGCAGACUGUUUGGCCUCUUCCACCCACCCCCGCGUCCGCAUCGCGCCAGACCGGGCAUCAUACGAUACUUUCUGCCCCGUUUACACGACCGCUACCGCCAACGCCUUCUCGACUUCCAUCUCGAAACCCUUCCCUCGCUCAAGCACCGCCUACAGUCGCGCGUCCACCGCUACAUCCUCGGCCGCCAGCGUAGGCGCGCCGACGGCUCUCGCGUCGUCGACCUCGUCGCGAGGCACGGCCGGCGCCUGCUCAACCCCCCAAGACCGCUCAAGGAUGCGACGGGAGGCCCUAGGCGAUCCAACAGCAGGUUCGGCCCGGUGACAAUGGCGGGCGUGACGGAGCCCGGCGAUGCGUUGCCGCACGACCUCGGCGAGCGCGGCGAGAGGGGUUACAGGCGCCGCAAGCUCGCCGCCAUGGCCGGCAAUCUGUACCGCAGCGGGCAGGCCGCUGUCAGUGAGAUCCGCGAGUCAUACGCGCAGGCACGAGCCCGCGGCGUGGACGAGCCCGGCCAGGAGAGCACGCACAUACCCGGUGCCUUCCCGGACGUGGCCAUCACGUCGCACGGCGAGGAGCAGAUGGUGCUGUUCCCGUCGUACGGGAAGCACCACAUCAAGCGCGACUGGAGCAGGGUACAGCAGACAAAUACCGAGGCGGUGCCCCAGCAGGGCAACAGGGAAGACGACUGGUGGCGCCAGAAUUGGGAGAGGAGCGAGGACGAGAAGGCCGUCGUCGACGUCGACGUCCGGGGAUGGAUCUACAACCCGCAGGUCGGCCCCAUGACGAGGAGAAAUCGCAUCCUGAUCGGCCUUGCACGACAGCUGAGCGGAAUAUCGGCGCCCAAGGCGGACCAGAACUCCACGCCGCUCCAGCAGCAGCAACAACAGCAGCAGCAACAGCAGCAACAGCAGCAACAGCAACCUCCCCCGCCGCCAUUGAGCCACCACCAGAUGCACGAGCAGCUACGCGAGCAGGAGCGCAUCACACAAGAAGCUGCUGCCAUUGAGCGCAAGGGACAGGAGGAGAAGCGCGUUGCAAACGCCGGCGGAUAUACCGAGGCGCCGCAGGCGACCUUGGCCCAACCCAUCGGUGACACCCUAUACCCGUCUCGAGCUCGUCGCCGUGGCAGCCAAACUCCCGAGUCGGCGCCGGGAAGUCCAAGUCUCGGGCCGCGCCAGGCGUCAAGCGUUUACGAGAUGAGUGAGGCAGAACUGGCUCUCGCAAACGCCAACCUCAUGGCCCGCGUCGCGCCCUUCAUGACCAGUCCUCUCGUCUCACAACCCAUCACCAUCUUCUUCUACAACGACACCCAGUCCCAGUCACGCACGGUCCUGACAAAUGACGCUGGCCACUUCAUGGUCCGCGCCCCCCUCGAUUUUAUCCCAACCGAGGUGCGUGUGCUGGCCAACGAGCGACUUUCGGCGACGCAGGAGAUCAAAAUCAUCGAGCCUCGGGGCGUGAGCCUUAUCAGCGAUGUCGACGACACCAUCAAGCACUCUAACAUCUCGGCCGGCGCGCGAGAGAUCUUCCGCAACACCUUUGUGCGCGAACUGAACGACCUCACCGUCGACGGCGUCAAGGAAUGGUACACACGGAUGCAUGACCUCGGCGUCAGCAUCCACUACUGCUCCAACAGCCCUUGGCAGCUGUUUCCCGUGCUGGCGAGCUUCUUCAAGCUCGGCGGACUGCCCCCGGGGUCGUUGCAUCUGAAGCAGUACUCGGGCAUGCUGCAGGGCAUCUUCGAGCCUGUGGCCGAGCGCAAGAAGUCGACGCUGACCCGCCUCAUGCGCGACUUCCCGCGCCGCAAGUUCCUGCUCGUCGGCGACAGCGGCGAGGCGGAUCUCGAGGUGUACACGGACCUGGCAAUGGCAAACCCGGGGCGCAUCCUGGCCGUCUUCAUCCGCGACGUGACCAGCCCGGAGAAGGCCGGGUACUUUGACUCGACUUUUGAGGUGACACGCCGCAAGGCGUCGAGUAUGACGCUGGACGAUGGCUUGGCACCCUCGAACGGCACCGCGAUCCGGCAGAACUCGGCUCCAGUGACACCUAUCGAUGCGCCGACGGGCCCCAUGAUGGGCACCUUGAUCGACUUCUCUGACGAGCCAGAGCAAGCCAAGCUGGACGAGGCGGCGGCGCUUACCCAGGUGAAGAAGGCCAAUGCCAUGAAGACUCUCAGUGCAUCGGACCUGCUCUCGGGCAAGAAACCUGCGCCGCCGCCGCCUGCGAAACCGGCCGCGCUGCGGACCCAGCAAUCAAACACGGAAAUGCGCGAGGGCGUCGGAUUGGGCCUGACGAACAAGCCGCCGCCGCCGCCGCCACCACCACCGAGAAAGAUAGGGACAGGGGCUCAUCCUCUCUCGCAAAUGCAAAAGUCUUCCCAACAGUCUGCCGACAGCCGAAGCAGUACACCGAAACCGAUACCGCCGCCCCGCAAAGACGAAGCAGCUGAACCCCUCCCCCCUCCCCUGCCGCGCCGUCGUGGCCCCCCUUCGCUUAAGAGCAUGAGCCCGCGGCUCUUUGGCCACGGGCGGUCUAACUCGGACGUCGACUUCGAACCUUUGCCGCCGCCAUCAUCGUCGCUUGGCCCCGGUUCAUACGGCCGGUCUGGUGCGCGCUCGGGCGGGACCAACAGUCCCGCGGGAGGCGGCUCGCCUAACCUAGGCCCCGUGAACAAGAAGUUGGAGCUGUGGCGGCGGAGGCUGGCCAGGGCGCACGAGGUGCUUGACGCGCAGGGCGUGAGGCUGUACACAUGGCGCAGGGGUCAGGACGUGGAGGCCGAGGCGGUGGGCAUCGUGAGGCAGGCGCUCGAGGAGACGGCUCGGGAGGAGUGGCGGCGGGGGAGGUGAGCACUCAGAGUGAACAGACGUGGGAUAAUCAUGUGGUUGAUUUAUAGAGGAGCAGCAUCUGGCCACGCAGGAUGAGCGUGCAUAUAUGGGCAUAGACCGGGAGAGGGCUCUGUGCAAACGGCAGAUAGGGCACAACGUGAGGCAAUAAGCGUCGAACAGCAACAAACAUGAUGUAUUACGAACAACAGCUACAAAGCCUCCGUGAGACCCGGCAGUGUGUCCAUCAAGUGCUUAUUGUCAGGCGAUAUGUACACUGUGUGAUGGCAACGCACCCCCGCGACCUGGACGCUUUCUCAGCGUUUACGAGGGCUGAUGACUCCGCAUACCGGAUGCUUAUCCUGCGCGGGUUCGGGGCGUCGAAACAGACUUAUAGUGGGAUAAUGUCUGGGG